AUGUUAACAUUCUCUUACAGUUAUGAUAAAGAAAUAGAUAAUUUAUCUAAAAAUUCAACUAAGUUUAAUAAGGAAACGGCAGAUAAUUUAAAUCACAAUUUAUCGCAAGCAAAAAAAACUUAUACAGUCAUUAACAUUUCCUUCGAUGGAUCAUCACAAGAAAAAAUACAAAUUAUUGAUCAACCACAGAAAAAAGUCAAUAGGAAGAUUAAAGAUCGUUAUUUGAAAAGAUUGAAGGACAAUAAUGAUGAUUGUUCUUUGGCACUAAAAAAUAAACAAGAUAAUAUUUCUUUAACUGAUCAACAUAUGAAAUCGUUAGACAACUCUUCACUAACAGAUUGUACAAAGGAUGUGAUUCAAAAUGAAAAAGACGAUGAGUUUGACAUAGUUUUUUUAAAUAAUCAACAUCAGUUAGAAAUCCAAACGAUAAACAUUUAA